AUGCGUACGGUACAUUCGCACUUAAGUGCCGCUUCCUCUGGUUCACGUGUAGUCUUCACGCAGCGUUAUUCCCAACGGGCCAUUAAAACCCGGUAAAGUGAUGGAGGCUAUAAGAGAGGAAAAGCAUUCCUUCGUAAAAGGGGUUACGGCUGUCCUCUCGCCCUUCUAGAUCCGCGGUCGUUGACUUUGCAAAUCUGUUGCGCAAUAUGGCGCGGCAUCCCUAGCGGGUACCGAGCAGGUAGCACGCUUCCGUUCGAGAUCUGCUCUGCUAAUUAACACGACUCGGAGGAAGGGAUAGCUUCGGAUUCCACGACGGUUGCCUGUCUUCGACUCCUGAGAAAGCAAAAGGUCAAGGAGAUGGAAAAUGGAUUCUUCCAUCAUGAGAGGAGAGUCAUUGCGGUUGAGGCCGUUGUGGAAACGGUAACCUCGUGGAAACUAUGCGAAAAGAUCGAUUUUUGA